AUGCGAAAACUGGGACUCAAUAGUUUUGUUUUCAGGGUUAAAAAUAUCCUCCUUCGAUCGAACUGCAUUUUGGAGUCACUCGGCUGCGCCAAAACGAACCGUAAUGAUAACUCGAGUCGAUUCGGCAAAUACAUGCACAUCAAUUUCAAUUUUAAUGGAGAUCCUGUUGGUGGAAAUAUCUCCAACUAUCUAUUGGAAAAGUCCCGUGUUGUUCGACAACAACGCGGCGAACGGAACUUCCACGUAUUUUACAAUCUUUUACGUGGAUUCGAUGAUAGUCACUUGAAAGAACUCGGACUCACAAAAGAUCCAAAGAACUAUUACUACCUGAAUCAGGGAGAUUGUCUACAGGUGAGAAUGUCUGCGUAG